AUGCCUGUUGCCUUAUUGCCAUAUAAAUUAAAUGUCUCUGCCACAAUUUUGGCUAGCAUCCAUGAGGACUACAAUAUGAAGCUUAGCUCUCUGUCUGAUGUAUUUAACUUCCUUACCCGACGUAGCAACACUGAGCUGGAAAAAGUUGUUUCUCGUAUGAUCAAGGAUAGCCUCGAUGCCAAUCCUAAGGAUGGUGCUUUUGAAAACUUGGAUUUUGUGUUCUUCUUCAAACUGGUGACUUGUUCUGUGGAAACGCUACGAUGUCUCAUUAGACAAAACGCUGAUGCAGCCACGCCGUCUAACUUUUUCCGUGGUAUACGUCAGCUGAUGUCUGUUGAUCAGCGUCUCGUCCUCUCCUCUAUGCCUUACAUGGAGUUUGCGAAACAAAUGAUUCGAGCUUUGGACGUGCAAUCACUCUCUGUCGUCUUUUCAUGUGUCAUGGAGAUGGCUCUAGAUCCCUUGAUUUUCAGCGAAUUUGAACAUCAGGAUCCUGGUGUUUGCCGCGCUAUCAGGGAGAAAAUCAUAGUGGUCGUGGAUGAGAUAGUAAACCUCAUAGUCCGAACAGUACAUUCAAAGCAAAAUCUUUCCAUUGUUGACUACCCGGCUGUUGCGGAGUUUGCAUCGGGGAAACGGCUGCAGUUUGUUAUUGAUGCUGCUAUUUCCAGCCCACCAUGGGCUGGAAGUGUAGUUCGCUAUCUGCACGGUGUGUCCAUAUGCUACGGAGAAAGAAAAGCUGCUGAAAUUAUUGGCCGUUUCAUAGUUGGAUGCAAUGAAGCUCAAUCG